AUGUCCGUGGCACCAUCUCGAUCUCUUCAGGCAUCCGCCUUAUCAUUUCUGUUUCUGUCCAUUGGACACACGAUUAGUGGAAGGCAGUGGACUUCUGAGAAAGCCUUCAAGGCGAUUGCCAACUCCAAGCCGUGGGCCUGCGGAACCGUGGGCUGGUAUCAGGGUAGCGCGUUUUUCUUGGUUACUAGCCUUCUUCAUUACCAAUGGUCCUGCAACCCAACUGCGCUCAACGACCCUGUGAACAAGGGCAUAGCCGGUAUCGUCAACAUCCUGCUCUGGGCCAGCUCGGCCUGGUAUGCUAAGAAUGGCAUCAAAGACAAUGCCGUUGUAGUAGGCUUGUCUGCUGCAUUGCAGGCAUACGCAGUCUUCAUAUUGUAA